AUGGCUGAAGCUGUUAAAGUGAUAGUUCGAUGUAGGCCAAUUAAUCAGCGUGAGGUUGAUUUGCGCUGCGAAAAUGUAGUUGAAAUGGACGAAUCAACCUUUCAGGCCCGCCUGAAGAAACCCAAAGCCGAUGAACCACCGAAAAGUUUUACUUACGAUGGCGUCUAUAAUAUAAAUUCCGUUACUGAUACAAUCUACAAUGAUAUUGCCUAUCCACUUGUUGAUGGUGUUUUAGAAGGUUAUAACGGAACGAUUUUUGCCUAUGGCCAAACUGGAUGUGGCAAAUCUUAUACUAUGCAAGGUGUUACUGAUCCCCCGAGUCAGCGUGGAAUUACACCACGUGCAUUCGAUCAUAUAUUCGAAGCAAUACAGACUACUGAAGGAACAAAAUAUCUCAUACGUGCAUCAUAUCUGGAAAUUUAUAAUGAAACCAUUCGCGAUUUACUAGCCAAAGAUGUUAAAAACAAUUUAGAAGUUAAGGAACACCCGGAGAAAGGCGUUUAUGUGAAAGAUCUAUUAAGCAUACCUGUUUACAGUACUAUUGAUAUGGAGCGAUUGAUGAAUAUUGGAGGCAAGAAUCGUUCAGUGGGUGCUACCUUAAUGAAUGCGGAUUCCUCAAGAUCUCAUUCCAUAUUUACUAUUAGUCUAGAAAUGUGUGUUAAAGGUAAAAUAACGCAAACUGGAAAACUAAAUUUAGUUGAUUUAGCUGGUAGUGAACGUCAAUCAAAAACGGGUGCAUCAGGUAGUAGGCUAAAAGAAGCUACUAAAAUCAAUUUAUCUUUAUCCGCUCUUGGUAAUGUUAUUUCAGCAUUAGUUGAUGGCAAAUCCAAGCAUAUUCCAUACAGAGAUUCAAAAUUAACAAGAUUACUACAAGACUCUUUGGGUGGCAAUACUAAAACUUUAAUGGUUGCUUGCAUUAGUCCUGCCGAUAAUAACUAUGAUGAAACCUUAAGCACUUUACGAUACGCCAAUCGUGCUAAAAACAUCAAAAAUAAACCUCGUAUUAAUGAAGAUCCAAAAGAUGCAUUGAUCAGACAAUAUCAAGAAGAAAUUAAAAAACUUAAAUCAAUGCUAACUGUUUCACCUACGGAAAACGAGCAAAAUGAGCAAGCGCGAUUAAAGUUAAUGGAAGAAAAAGAAAAACUUAAAAAUCAGUAUGAAAAUCAGAUGUCAAAUCUGGAACAAAAAUUUCAGAGCGAACAAGCCAAUCGAGCAAAGUUAGAAUCAGAAGUGGCUAAUAUCAAAGAUGAGUACGAAAAUAAAUUAGAACAACUACGCCUUGAAAUGUUAAAUUCCCAAAAGCAACAGAAAUCAGAGACAAAAGAACGACUUCAAGAACUACAACUCAAAAUGAUUGGAGGUGAAAAAGCCAAUGAUGAAGCGUUAAAAGAAAAGCGACUAAAACGUAAACGCCACGCAGAAAAGAAACGACAAACUUUAUUAAAAAAUAUACAAAAGAUGGAAGAUGAUGGCAUCAUGAUUAAAGUAUAUGAUUCAUUACAUGAUGAUAUCAAGAAUAAAACUAAAGUUGUAGAUGACCUGCAACAAAAGCUGACAGCAAGCGAAAUUGAAAUUCGUGAUUUACAAAGCGAAUUUGAGACUGAAAGGCAAGACUUUUUAGAUACAAUACGAAAGCAAGAAAGAGAAAUUAAGUUAAAUGCGCAAAUACUAGAGCGUAUACAGGGAUGCAUUCGUCGCGACUGUAACUACUACAAUAUCGAUAAGGUACGUAUAGAAUGCAAAUGGGACGAUGAAAAUCAGAAAUGGACAAUUCCUGAUUUAAUUUUAUCUAAACUAUCAUUACCA